AUUGAGCAUCGGUGUAGUGUUGAUAGGCGAAACACAAAACAUAGAAGAAGAGAAUGUUGCCGCUUACGUAUUUCCGGUUGGACAACAACGUGUGGAGAAACAGACAUGGCAGAGGACAUCCCUGUGGAAGACUACCCUACUGAGAUUGAGGAGCAGCUCACAGGGUUUGAGACGUCAGUCGGUGCUGUCAACAACAUGGUGCAGACCAUCCUAUCCAUGCCAAGAAAUGAGCUGGUGAAAAAACUGGAUCCCCUGGAACAAGCCAAGCUGGACCUAAUGUCUGCAUAUAGCCUCAACUCUCUUUUCUGGAUGUACUUGGUCACACAAGGAAUAAACCCAAAAGAACAUGCAAUCAAACAAGAGUUGGAGAGGAUCAGGACGUAUAUGAACCGUGUGAAGGAGAUCACUGACAGGAGGAAAGCAGCCCGUCUGGACAAAGCAGCGGCGUCUCGCUUCCUCAGGAACGCAUUGUGGAAACUUGAGGAAGGGAGGUCAAAGGACACGCCGGGUUGUGAACCUCCGGACACGCCGGGACGUGCCCCCCAGCACACACCAGGUCGCGGCCAGCACAGGCCAGAUCGCGGCCACCGCACACCAGGUCGCGGCCAGCACAGGCCAGGUCGCAGCCAACACACUCCAGGUCGCGGCCAACACACGCCAGGUCGCGGCCAGCACAGGCCAGAUCGCGGCCAACACAGGCCAGAUCGCGGCCAGCGCACGCCAGGUCACGGCCAGCAGAAAAGCUUUGAUGGCCAUCAGUCAAAAGGACCCAAACUCAGCUGAGAGGAGGUGGAGCAACACCAGGGGCUGGUUCCUCGCUGGCCUCUACCAUGGUUCCUUGGCCCCCUUUUCUAUGUGCACCUGUCUGAAAGUACCUGAUAGGUACAAGCAGCGCCUUAUCACUUGUUACCAUGGACACGUGACUCAUGAGCCACUGGUGUUUUUGUAAUGCGCGCAGACACACACACACACUUUUUUUGUGCAGAAAUAGAAGUUCAUCAAAUUGUUUUAGUUUAUUUUCACUCUUCAAACAUUUUUAAAGAAGUCAUUGUCAUAACAUCCGACAAAAUGUCUGGAUGAUCUAGAUGUUCUACCAGCCCUAUUAUCUUAGACGAGAACGAGACUUUUUAUGUGCAUCUGUAUAAUUUAGACAUCAAAACGUUUUUUUCCCCCCCUGUGCUUCCUGUGAUUAUGGUAUUGGAUCCAUCUCGUUUCAACUAUAAAGUCUUUAUUGAUGCUGUUCAUUGUUCAUUCUGGUAACACCCUACAUAGCAUCCUCCGUCUGUAGGGCCCUACUGUGAUUAAAGAAUGCCACUCUGGAAACCGUCUCCAACACUCGUGUCAAUUGUAGAUCCGACAUGUCGCCCGUGUUUAGAAAGUAUUCCGGUUGGUAAACGCCGUCUUGUGUCUGUAUUGGAUCUAUCUUGUUUCAACUAUAAAGUCUUUAAUUGAU